UUGAUUCAAUAUCAUGUGCUCAAGUCCAGCUAUUCAGUCACAGACCAUACAGUCAGAGAUACUGUCAUAAAGUUGGGACUUAUUUGCCACAUUUUCUGUUCAGUUGUUUUUCCCUGAGCUUAUUCAAUAUGCUUCAGCGUUUCUUUGGAUUUGUUUAUCUCUCUGCAGUUUCACAGCUUGUGACUCUCACAGGUACACAAGCUGAAUGUCCUGUUCAGCUCAGCCCAAAGAGUGUUGUUGUGGAGUACGGUGGUUCUGUUGCAGUUAACUGUACCGCUUCUGUCCCGCAUAAUGGGAUGGGAUGGGAAGCCAGUGAGGGAGGAGUGGACAGGACCAGAGACAGUGUGGUCACAUGGACAGUGUCAGAGCUGAGAGAAUGGGACAUACGGCCAUUCUGCUACAUAAACUUUAACAUAACCCAUGAUACACAGUGUGAAGAAGAGCUCCUAGUCACUGUUUACAAGACUCCAGACAGUGUGUCCAUCAGCAUUGUGAAUCACACUGGACCAAUGAUAGAAGGAGAGCAGUAUGAGCUCCAGUGUGAUGUUCAAGAUGUGGCUCCUGUUCAGAAUCUCACUGUCAAAUGGUACAAAGGACAAACUCUGGUGGACCAAACCACUUUCACUGACACCAGCAUAACUCCAGUGAAUGAAACCACCACACUCCUGAUCACUGCAGACAGAGCUGAUGAUGGAGCUCAAUACAGGUGUGAAGCAGAGCUGGAUCUGGGAGCAGAAGGACCUCAACCUCCUCCUACAGUCACAUCAAAACCUCUCAGUGCUGAAGUAUAUUAUAAACCAAAACACUCCAAUUCAGCAGAGACCAUCAUUAAAAACAACAAGGUCACCCUAGACUGUACAGUGAAGGCAAAGCCGGCUCCUACGUACACAUGGCGCUCAGAGCAUCUGAAAGAGAAGAUCAGCUCCUCAGUGCUCCCGUCCUCCAAACUCAGUCCAGGAAAAUACACAUGCACUGCCACAAACUCUGUGGGAAGUGACGGCAAAGUGUUCAUCAUCAAAUCUACAGGUUGUCGUCCCACAUUCUGGACUGCUCUUAUUUUCUUCCAGUUGCUGGUUGCAUUCUUAAUUGUCAUUUAACUCUCCUAAGCUUUUUGCUUUUCGGAAGUGGUCACACCCUGACAUUUUUUUGGGGUUUGUAUCUAAUGAAAUGUUAUGACGCUAACAUCUCCGGAGUAGUAACAGUUUAAUGGUAAAUUUUUUAGACCUUAUUUGCUCCUCCCAAACCGUUGUGAAAUGUGAAAAAAAAGAUACCAUUAUAUGCCAAAACAAAGGAAUGUCUGAAUAUUAAGAUCUGAAUAUUAUUGAGCCACUUUGGGGUGUUUUGGAGGAGUGAGUCAGGAAACGUUUUCCUACACCAGCAUCACGUAGUGACCUGGCCACUGUUCUGAAAGAGGAGAAUGGCUCAAAAUCCCUCUAGCUACUGUGCAGGACUUGCAUUUGUCAUUCCCAAGACAAAAUGAUGCUGUACUGGUCACAAAAGGAGGCCCAACACCAUACUAAUUGUGAUCUAAAACCAGGUGUUUGAGUUUCAUUGUCCAGCCCCAUGUAUAUAGGCAACUUCUUAGGAGAUUUCCAGAACUCAUAGCAUCACAAGACAUUGGAAUCAACCUGCUGUCUAUAAAGGACUGAAGUGCGAUGAUGAGAUCAGACACUGAUUCUCUGCAACAGCCUCUCUGGUGCCAGAUGACCUGCCAUUAAUGCCUUCUACCAACACAGCUGGCAAAUUAUUUGCUUUUGUUUUUAUUUCUGUUUUAUACUUGUAUGUAAAGUAUUAUUAUACUAUAGACCAGUGGUUCUCAACCUUUUUUGGGCCAGUGCCCCCCUAGCCAUUAUCCAGGUCCCUCAACGCCCCCAUCAAAUAAAACAUAGUCUAAUAGUCCUCACUGAAUAUUAAAGUUGAUUGUUAUGAUUUUGUGUGACUAUUGGUAUAUUUACAGUAAUUUAUGUAUGGGGUCAUUGUGAUUUUUAAAGAAAUUACUUCAAUUCAAGGAUGCAUUGAAUUGCUAAAAAACAAAAAAAAAAAAAAAAAAAAAAAAAAAAACAGUAAAGUACUUGUGUACAGUAAUUUAUUUUAAAAUAAGUGUAAUAACAUUCAUUGACAGAGUUUUUAAGCAUGUUGGUGAUUAUCAUUUCUACAGCUUCAGUGUUGUUGCGAUGCUGACAUACCUUGUUGCCCUAAAUUUAAAAUGACUAAAUAAAAAUUUUUGUUUAGAACAUA